GAAUCUUCUCAGACGAGAAUGGAGAGACCCACUUCGGAUCUUUCACCAUCUCCAUGACUGGCUCUGGAGACAUUGGUUACCUGUCAGAGAAAGUGAGGUGUUCAGAGGUGAUAGUAUUCCGACAUACCCCAGCCACAUACGACUAUUCCUGGCACAACGCUCCUCGCAGGCUAGUCCUCUUAUCAGCUACUCUCUCCAUGUCUCUGAAACACGUCAUAAGUCUUCAUGUCCGUCGUCUCUCACUGUGUUUUUGCUUGCAUUAACAUGACUGUGUUUGUCAUCUGUAGCCUUAUUCUUCGGUGGCUAUUCUUCUUCUCAUUUCACUUUCUCUCCUCUUUUAUGCAACUCUCCAUUUACGGCUGAUUUUUAUAUUAUCUGUAUAAUAAUGUAAUCAGUGGUUUGUAAUGUAG